GCAACAGUAAUCCUGAACGCCCGUGUUGUUACACGAGCGCUUGUAAUCAAACAGGGACAUUUACGCGGCACUUAAAAGUAGGUUAGAGCAAAAACCAGUCCCGCAGAAACGCAUUGGUUUUUAUGUCGAGCUUAUGGCUGUGCGAGCACUGUGAAGCGAGAUGGAGGCGCUGCUGAAGAGAGAGUUGGGCACCUCUCUUCUGAAGAGCACUGGUCACUCAGGGGGAGGAUGCAUCAGCGAAGGCCAGAGCUUUGACACCGACACCGGCAGGGUGUUCGUUAAGAUCAACCACAAGAAUGAGGCUAGGAGGAUGUUUGAUGGAGAAAUGGCGAGCUUGGAAGCGAUCUUGGGGACAGACACAGUGAAAGUGCCCAGGCCUGUGAAAGUCGUGGACCUCGAGAGCAGCGGAGCUCUUUUCGUCAUGGAACAUAUUGAUAUGAGGAGCUUGAAUAAAUGCUCUUCAAAACUGGGGGAGCAACUUGCCGAUCUACAUCUUCACAACAAAAGACAGAUAGAGAAACUUAACAAGGAACAGCAGACUGUUGGAAAAGGAUCGGGAACGUCUGAAGUUCAAAUAGUCAACAAGUUUGGGUUUCAUGUGAAUACCUGCUGUGGUUAUCUCCCUCAGGUAAAUGAUUGGCAGGAUGAUUGGGUGUCCUUUUACGCUCAGCAAAGACUGCAGCACCAGCUCAGUUUGGUGGAACAGUCGUAUGGAGACCGAGAGGCCAGGGAAUUGUGGGCCAGACUUCAACUGAAGGUCCCUCAGCUGUUUGCAGACACAGAGGUGGUUCCAGCUCUGCUUCACGGAGAUCUCUGGGGAGGAAACGUGGCUGAAUGCUCUGACGGUCCUGUCAUCUUUGACCCAGCGUCCUAUUAUGGCCAUUCAGAGUUCGAGCUGGCUAUUGCUGGCAUGUUUGGUGGUUUUGGGGGUUCGUUUUACAGUGCUUACCAUGAGAAGAUCCCCAAGGCCGCUGGCUUUGCAAAGAGGCAACAACUGUACCAGCUGUUCCACUAUCUGAACCACUGGAAUCAUUUUGGUGGUGGCUACAGGGGUUCUUCUGUGCGGAUCAUGAAGGAUCUAGCAAAGUAGAUACACCCCGAUUUAUUAAAGUAUCCCCUUCAAAUGGUCAUUAAAGAAGAUGGAACUAAUUAAGUCACACAUUUUGUGCAUGACCAGGUAAACUUAAUCCAGCUGUACCAGUCUAAUGGAAAUGCAUUGACAAGAUAAAAGUCUGCUGUCUUAAAGUUACUUACACAGAUUAAAAAAGAAAGUCUUAUGUAUAUUAUAUAUAUUUUAAAGCAUAAAUCUGUGAAUUUAUUCCAAACAAUGGCCAAAAGGUAUGUUGGUUACAAGAUCAUUCCCUUUUUGUGAAUUGCACUUAUGAUUGAAUGCUCUUAAAGAGAUCCUCAUUAACAAGAUUGCUUGAUUUAAAAAAAAUGUGUGCACUAAGUAGCAUAAUAUGAGUUACAUUUCACUACGAUUACUUACUAUUAAUUUAAUUGUUUGAGACAAUUUAUAGUGAGUCGUUGAACUGUAAACUUUCAGCUUGCAGGAGUCUCAUCAGAUCCGUUUGGACAUUCAAAUAAAACUUUAAAGAGAA